AUGGUUUUCUGCACAAUCUUAAAAUGGCUUUUCGCUGCCUACCUACUGUCUUCAUACAAGUCACUACCUGGUGCAUAUUUUUUUAGAUUUUAUUACUGCGUGAUUCCUAUUUUAUUUUUGCCUAUUGUCACAGGAUCGAAGACCAAAAAUAUCAAGAAACUUAAAGAAAACGAAUACGGUUGCUUCUCGUACACCAAACUGGACACAUAUGCCUCUCCAUUCGAAUGUGACUUUUACUUUCAUAAAAGUAAUAGCACCUAUUUUGAAGAGUUGGAUAUUUCAAGAGGCGGCUUGAUGUGUAAGAUUUUUCAGAAGUUGAUGCUCAAUUCCAAGCAUUACCCAUAUAUUCCAGUCGCAAACGUUUUCACCAACUUCUUAAAGGAGAUCAAGCCUUUCCAAAAAUACUCUGUUACAUCGAGGAUCAUUUGUUGGGAUGAGAAAUGGAUUUAUGUUAUGAGCAGAUUCACCAUCAAAAACGGCACCGUUCUAUGCUCACUAUCGCUGACAAAAUAUGUCUUGAAGGAGGGCAGAAAGACAAUCAAGCCAAAGGAUGCAUUUGAAUACUGUGACAUAUACAAUGAGAAGGUCGCCAAAAUUUCUGAAGAAAAUCUAAAACUUUUAACAGAGCAUUGUGGUUUUCACGAAACUGUACCGUUAGAAAACUUGGACCUGAGCUACUGUUCCCAAAUUUAA